CUCUCUUUCCUCAAUGUAAAAGGUUUCUCAUCAGUUCAUUUAUGAGGGCAUUUUACUUCUUCUCCCCCAUCGCCAAACCAGAUUUAAUGCAUGUUCUUCCUACAGUAACCCCUUUACUUUCCUCUUUUCUUGAACGAAGCAAUCCAAUAAUUUUCAUUUUGUUUUUCUUCAAGAUUAUCCGAAUCCCCGACCCGCAUUCCAUAGAUCCGCCGCAUUCUGCCAAGAAAAUCCUGGCCGGCGGCCGUCUUCCCCGGACGGCGGAGCCUUGAUUUUUCCCGGCAGCAGUUCCGACAAUGACGAUGAAAGUGUUCCAAAGGGAUAAAUAUUCGGAAAGGGUAAUCUGGGAUCAGAUGAGGAGCCCUUCCGGCGGCACCCCUCGCUCGAUUUCCGGCCCCCAGAAUCGGGUCUUGCCCAGAUUCAUAGUCUAUCUCAUCGUCUUUGUCUCCCUCACCUACGUCGUCUACACCCUCAAGCUCGUUUCCAGCUCCAGAGCUUGCAACGACGACGUUUUCCCCCACCGACAUACCACCGCCUUGCCCGUUCGCUCAGAAACCAACGCCUCCGCCGCGGCGGCGGAAGAAACGGGUCGCCGGGAAAUCAAGAAAACGGGGCUAGAGCAUGUGGUUUUCGGCAUUGCAGCUUCCGCCAAGCUGUGGGACAGGAGGAAGAACUACACCAAGCUGUGGUGGAAGCCGGAGGAGAAGAUGAGAGGGAUAGUGUGGCUGGACAAGGGCGUGAAAACAGCAGAAAACGAAUCUUCCUCCCUCCCUGAACUGAGAAUCUCCGGCGACACCUCCCGGUUUGCCUACAAGAACAAGCAGGGCCACCGUUCAGCAAUUCGGAUCUCGCGAAUCGUAUCGGAGACUCUCAGAUUGGGAAUGGAGGACGUGCGUUGGUUCGUUAUGGGGGACGACGACACGGUCUUCAUUACAGAGAAUUUGGUGAGAAUUCUCAACAAAUAUGAUCACAAUCAAUUCUACUACAUUGGGAGUUCCAGUGAAAGCCAUUUGCAGAACAUAUACUUCUCUUAUAACAUGGCUUAUGGCGGGGGCGGUUUCGCCAUUAGUUACCCAUUGGCUAAAGCUCUUGACAAAAUCCAAGACAAAUGCAUACAGAGAUACCCCGGGCUGUACGGUUCGGAUGAUCGGAUUCAAGCUUGUAUGGCGGAAUUGGGUGUUCCUCUUACCAAAGAACUAGGCUUUCAUCAGUUCGAUGUGUAUGGGAACUUGUUUGGUCUGCUAGCAGCACAUCCUGUGACACCAUUGGUCUCCCUACACCAUCUGGACGUGGUGGAGCCCAUCUUUCCAAACGUGACGCGGGCCCAAGCCCUGCAACGCCUCAUGGUCCCUGCAGAGCUUGACUCGGCGGGUCUCAUGCAACAGUCCAUAUGCUAUGACAAGAAGAGGAGUUGGACGAUAUCCGUUUCGUGGGGAUUCGCGGUCCAGAUUUUCCGGGGAGUGCUGUCCCCCCGGGAGAUAGAGAUGCCUUCUAGAACCUUCUUGAACUGGUACAGAAGGGCGGAUUACACAGCCUACGCUUUCAACACGAGGCCCGUGAUGAGGAACCCGUGCGAAAAGCCCUUCGUGUUUUACCUGUCGGGCGCGAAAAUGGCGGGCGAUUCGGGCAACCGGACGACCGUGAGCGAGUACGCCCGCCACCGGGUCCCACACCCCGGGUGCAAGUGGAAGAUGGCGGAACCGGGUGAGGUUGAGCAAAUCGAGGUUUACAAGAAACCGGACCCGCACUUGUGGGACAGGUCUCCGAGGAGGAACUGCUGCAGGGUGUUGCAUUCGAGUAGAAAAAGCAUGGCGGUGGGUGUCGGUGUAUGCAGUGAAGACGACGACGCCGGUGGAAUAUGAAGGCUAGCGCCAUUGUGGAUGAGGGUACCUACCAAAUGUCUUGUGCACUUAUAUAUUCAUCUAUACAUAAAUGAACAUCAAAUGGUUAUUAGUGCAGUGCAGUUUUUUUGGAUUCUUUGCAUUCUUUGGCGUUUAAUCCUCUCCCACACAAAGAUUAGCGAAAAAUAAACAUGGGAGAUGAUG